AUGGCCGCCGCGUCCGCUGCUGCGCUCGACCCGAGCAACAGCACGAAGAAUACCCUCAAGUUGGAAAACACCGAAAAGCGUGACUCUCUGAUCGCGAUUGAAAAGAAAUACCAGGCACAAUGGAAGGAGAACAAGGUCUUCGAGGUCGACGCCCCCUCCUUCGCCGAGGCUCCCCAGGGCUCCAUGACCCCCGCGCAGCUGCGUGAAAAGUACCCCAAGUUCUUCGGCACCAUGGCCUACCCGUACAUGAACGGUACCCUGCAUGCGGGCCACAGUUUCACUGCCAGUAAGGUGGAGUUCAUGACCGGAUUCGCUCGCAUGGAGGGCAAGAGGGCCCUGUUCCCGCUGGGAUUCCACUGCACCGGUAUGCCCAUCAAGGCGUGCGCGGAUAAGCUGGCCGACGAGGUGAAGCUGUUUGGACAGAACUUCGAGGCCUACAAGGAGGAGGAAGAACAGCCCAAGGACACUGCCCCGCCGGCGCCCACGCAGGAGGUAAAGGCCGAGGCCGAGAAGUUCUCCGGCAAGAAGAGCAAGGCCGCCGCCAAGUCCGUGAAGAUGAAGUAUCAGUUCCAGAUCAUGUUGGCCAUCGGUGUGCCUCUGGAGGACAUCCACAAGUUCGCCGACGCUGCCCACUGGCUGCAGCAUUUCCCUCCGCUGGCCAUCCGCGACCUCGACAGCCUGGGUGCUCGCGUCGACUGGCGCAGACAGUUUGUCACCACCGAUGCCAACCCGUACUAUGAUGCCUUUGUGCGUUGGCAGAUGAACCGCCUCCACGAGCUGGGGAAGAUCAUGUAUGGUAGCCGUUACACCAUCUACUCGCCCAAGGACGGUCAGCCGUGCAUGGACCACGACCGAACGGAAGGUGAAGGUGUUGGUCCCCAGGAGUAUGCUGCUCUGAAGCUCAAGGUCAAGGAAUGGUCACCCCAGCUGGCCGAGCUGGUCAAGGACAAGGUUGAGGAGGAUGCGAAGGUCUACUUCGUUCCGGCAACUCUGCGCCCCGAGACUAUGUACGGUCAGACGAGCUGCUUUGUCGGUCCCAAGAUUAACUACGGUCUCUUCAAGCUGAAGGAGAAGGAGUAUGUCGUCGUUACCAAGCGUGCUGCUUGGAACAUGGCCUUCCAGGGCCACUUCUUUGACAGCGAGCACUUUCCCAAGACCCAGGACGAACUGCCGCUUGUCUUCGAAGCACCGGGUAGUGCCUUCGUUGGUACCUUGGUCAACGCACCGCUGUCAUUCCACACUGAGGGUAUUCGCAUCUUGCCCAUGGACGGCGUCUCGGCCGCCAAGGGUACCGGUGUGGUUACCUCGGUGCCUUCGGACAGCCCCGAUGACUACGCCACCCUGAUGGACCUGGCGAAGAAGCCCGAGUAUUACGGUAUCCAGAAAGAGUGGGCCGAGCUGGAGAUCUUCCCGUUGAUUGAGACCCCUACCUAUGGCAACCUGACUGCUCCCACGCUGGUCAAGCAGCUGAAGAUCAACUCUCCCAAGGAUGUUACCCAGCUCGCUAAGGCUAAGGAGCUAGCUUACUUGGAAGGAUUCUACAAGGGUACCAUGGUUGUGGGCGAGUUCAAGGGAGAGCCCGUCAGCUCCGUCAAGGACAAGAUCCGUAAGUCUCUGUACGACAGCGGAGAUGCGUUCCCCUUUGCAGACCCUAUGGGCAAGGUUGUCAGCCGCAGUGGCGACGACUGCGUGGUCGCCUACCUGGGCCAGUGGUUCUUGAACUAUGGCGAGAACGAUGCCGAGUGGCAGCAGCAGACUCUGAACCAUGUUGUGAACACCCUCAAUACCUACUCCUCCGAGACCAAGAACGGGUUUGAGAAGAACCUGAGCUGGUUGAACCGAUGGGCUUGUGCCAGAACCUACGGUCUGGGAUCCAAGCUGCCUUGGGACCCUCAGUUCCUGGUUGAGAGUUUGAGUGACAGUACCGUCUACAUGGCCUACUACACUAUUGCGCACCUCCUGCACGGUGAUCGAUACGGCAAGUCGACUGGCCCGCUUGAUGUGAAGGCGGAGCAGAUGACGGAUGAAGUGUGGGACUAUGUCUUCACGAGACGGGAACUCAACGAUGACCUGGUUUCCAAGAGCGGAAUCAGCAAGGAUGCUCUGCAGCAAAUGCGCCGUGAAUUCGAGUACUGGUACCCUCUGGACGUCCGAGUCUCUGGCAAGGACCUUAUCCAAAACCACCUGACCUUCUUCCUGUACAUUCACCUCGCGCUCUUCCCGUCGGAGUACUGGCCCCGUGGUGUCCGUGCUAACGGGCACUUGCUGCUGAACGGCGACAAGAUGAGCAAGAGUACCGGUAAUUUCCUUACUCUGAGGGAUUCCGUGGACAAGUUUGGUGCCGACGCCACCCGGAUUGCCUUCGCCGAUGCUGGUGACAGCAUUGAAGAUGCCAACUUCGACGAGGCUGUUGCCAACAGCAACAUUCUGCGUCUGUUUACUCUGAAGGAGUGGAUUGAGGAGGUCGCCAAGGAUGAGAACCUGCGCACUGGCCCCGCUGAUGCAUUCGCGGACAAGCUCUUCAACAACGAGCUGAACAGCCUGGUUCGGGAAACUCGCAAGCACUACGCGGCCACUGACUUCAAGCUUGCACUGAAGUCUGGUUUGUACGACUUCACGAGCGCGCGUGAUGCCUACCGUGAGGGCGCCACGGCCUCCGGCGUGGGUAUGCACCGGGAGGUGAUUCUGCGCUACAUCGAGCUGCAGGCCCUCAUGCUUGCUCCCAUCGCCCCUCACUGGGCCGAGUACGUGUGGCUCGAGGUCUUGAAGAAGUCUGAAACCAUCCACUUCGCCACCUUCCCUACCGUCCCAGAGCCCUCCCCCGAACUUUCGGCCGCUCAGGCCUACGUCCGCGGCACAUCGUCGAACAUCCUGUCCUCGGAAGCCAACUUCGCCAAGAAGCUGUCCAAGGGCAAAUCGUCUGCGUUUGACCCGCGCAAGCCCAAGAAGCUCACCAUCUUCGCGGCCAAGAAAUACCCCGCCUGGCAAGAGAAGUACAUUGACCUGGUCCGCGAGGCCUUCGACUCUCUGAGCGUCUCCAUCAAUGACAAGGAGCUUAACGCCAAGGUCGGCAAGCUCGGCGAAAUGAAGAAGGCCAUGCCCUUCGUGCAGACCCUGAAGCGCCGUCUCGUCCAGGGCCGCGAGGCUCCUGAGAACGUCUUCGACCGCAAGCUCCCCUUCGAUGAGUUUGCCGUCCUGUCUGAGAUGCUGGGCAGUCUGAAGCGCACUUCCGGCUACAAGGAGAUCGAGGUCAUUGCUGUCGAUGAGGGCGGCAAGACCGGUGAUGUUGUUGGCACGGGAGAGAAGAGGGAGGGUCUGCUGGCUGAUAACGCUGUUCCCGGGCAGCCGACUUUCCAGUUUGCCAACGUUGCUGAGUAG